AUGGAAAGAGCUAAUGACAGCACCUUCUCUGGAUUCAUUCUCCUGGGCUUCUCCAAUCGGCCUCAGCUGGAAACCGCUCUGUCUGUGCUCAUCCUGAUCAUCUACUUUUUGAGCUUCUUAGGCAAUGGCACCAUUAUACUUCUGUCACUUGUGGAUUCUCACCUCCACACCCCUAUGUAUUUCUUCCUCUCCAAUCUCUCUUUUAUGGACCUGUGUUUGACUACUUGCACUGUCCCCCAGACAGUGGCCAACUUUAAGGGAAAGGACAAGAGCAUCACCUAUGGUGGUUGUGUGACCCAGCUCUUCAUUGCCUUGGGACUUGGGGGUGUAGAAUGUGUCCUCCUGUCUGUCAUGGCCUAUGACCGCUAUGCAGCUGUGUGCCGCCCACUCCACUACAUGCUGAUCAUGCAUCCUCAGCUUUGCUCGCAGCUGGUGGCAACUGCUUGGCUCACGGGGUUUGGCAGUUCUAUAGUACAGACAGCACUGACCAUGACUCUUCCUCUCUGUGGCAAAAACCAAGUGGACCAUUUCUUCUGUGAAGUUCCAGCGAUGCUGAAACUGGCCUGCACCAACACCUCCAUCAAUGAGGCUGAGCUCUUUGCUGUCAGUGUCCUCUUCUUGGUGGUGCCCCUGUCACUUAUCUUAGUGUCCUAUGGCCACAUUACCCAUGCAGUCCUGAAGAUAAAGUCAGCCCAGGGGAGGCACAAGGCUUUUGGAACUUGUGGUUCUCACUCAAUGGUAGUGACUGUUUUCUUCGGGACACUCAUCUCCAUGUACCUCCAGCUUCCCUCCAGUUACUCUCAGGAUGUGAACAAAAGCAUGGCGCUCUUCUAUACUCUGGUGACUCCCCUGCUGAAUCCCCUGAUUUACACUUUGAGAAACAACGAAGUCAAAGGGGCACUAAGAAGACUAGUGAGGAGAACACCAGACUUGAGACAGAGUUAG